AUGUCAAAAGCCGAAAUCAACACCACUGGUCUCUUCAUUGACCGCACAAAAGCUCCUAACAAAGAUGAUCAAGGUAUAAUAGACAUAGGCAAGAAUUGUUCAAAAUGUAACCAGCUCGACUUUUUGCCAUUCCAGUGUGAAUUUUGCAACCAAGUCUUUUGCUCCAACCACAGAACCCUUGAUCAGCACGAUUGCAAGGGAAAGGCUAAGUUCGAAAAAGGAAAGGUGAUCUCCCGGCACAGCGACCACCUUGGUUCAGUUCAAUCAUUAUUCCCAGACAGAGAUGCUAAUAAGCGUACCGUCGAACAAAAGUUGGCUGCUGCAAAGCCCAAGCCAACCACAAUCUUGGAAACCCAGUUUAGAGUGGGUGAUGUGGCGAAGAAUGCUUCCAAUGCUUUCAGCAAGUUCAAUAAAUUUCUAAAGCUCCAGAAAAAGAAAAAUCUGAGCAGUGGAAGCACUCUUGGAAAAUUGUUCACUUCCAGUACCAAAACUCCCAAGCCAAAGCCUACCAAUAGCGUGGUUGAUUUGGCGUUGUUGAGAAAACUGGCAAAGGGCGAUAUCAAGGUAGCUGUGGGUGAUAGAAUUUAUAUCUGGUGCUUGUACAUUAACCCAAAAAAUACAGAUUCAGAAACUGUGGAGUCGGAAGAAUUGUCUAAAAUCAACAUCGACAAAGACAAAAAGCCAAUUUACAUAUCAAAGAAUUGGCCAGUCGGCAGGGCAUUAGAUUCGAUAGCAGAUCAGUUGAGUAUUAGAAACUUCAACAACUCCACUAAUGAACUGUCCGAACGAUUGAAUAUUUUCAAGCUCAAGGAUGAAGUGCCAACUUUGAUGAAGGCAAGUGACCGAUGCAAUACAUCGUUCAAAAAUUGCGAUACCAUCUACUUGGUAAAGGGAUCCAUAUAG